AUGUCAUGGGCAGCUCAUCGGAAGACGAAACGAAUCGAAGAUCAAGCUUACUCUUUGCUUGGAAUCUUCGACAUCAAUAUGCCCAUGUUGUAUGGGGAGGGCUCCAGGGCAUUCCGUCGGCUCCAGGAGGAAAUUGCAAGAGAGACCAACGAUCUCUCUUUAUUUGCAUGGCAAGCGAAAGAGAGAAGCCCUGAUGGCUCACUUGUGUCUUCUCUCAAGCAAGAGUUUCGAGGAAUCCUGUCCCGUUCACCAGAAGAGUUCGUUGAUGGCCCGAAACUGCAUCGCAAUACGAAUGAUGAUGACGUGUGCGACUUUUCGCUUGCGAAUAAGGGUGUUCGAAUCGACACGACGUUUCGGAAAGGAAAGAACGGUAUCUAUGUCAUGAACUUGGGACUCUCAGACUCAGAAACUGGUGCAGACGUUUGUAUUUCACUCGUACGCACGGCUGAUGGGUUUGUUCGCUCCCAUCCAUGGUCCCUGUUCAGCGAUAUCGAUGAUUCAUUCCCAAAGAACCAGGCUUUUACGGCUUACGUCAGGAAAGACGUAGACGUUGAUGAGGAAUCAUGGAUUAAGAGGCGAUUGCACAGAUCCUUUCACAUCAACGUCACUCUUCCACCAUCUUUGGAGGUUGAUUUUAUCAAUCCACACCCGAGGCAAUUUUGGGAUGAAUUCUUCAGCACUUUCAUAAGACCAAACCCAUCCGAAAGCUUCGGGGCUUCCAUUGAUAUCAGCAUAAAAGGGGUUGACGACGGCCCAGGCGUGAAGUACCCCAUGCGUCUCACAUUGGCAUGGUCGAAAUUGUUCAACAGGGUUCACGCAGUCAUUCACAGUACGGAGCAUCCCGUAGAAGAUGAAUCACAGGGGCAGAAGUUCAAAACCCCUGGUCGUCGUAUGGUUUUAGGUAGGCUCCGUGACGAGAUUCCUUCGUUCAAGAAACACGACAGCUUCGGCAAGCCAACCACCAGCAUAGAGGACCGAGUAAAGUCGAUGCCUGAAAACACUAGAUCUCAGUCCGAGAAGGUGUACUUUGUCGACGAAGAAAGCAACGAGCAGCUCCAGGACUCUGAGGUCAAAUUCGCCAGAGUAACAACUUUCGAACUCAGCCUCGAGACAUGCAGUGAUUUUCUCUUCACUGAGUACUACAUUUUAGUAACUGGACAAGUUCGCGUGAUGGAUCUCGCAACCGUUCUCGGAACUGGCCAGUUUCGAAACCUCUUGGCUCUUGAUGUUAAGGAUUGGGAUCCCUACCUCUUGGAUCUUCACUGCCACUCUGACUUCUCUGGGGAAUCGGCGUUUGAAGCGUCGGCGGUAGGCUCUCCGUCAUCGCCGACAGCUGAGGGUCUUUCCGCUGAAUGUCUGCUCACGACUCCAUAG